UAUUGAAUCACUAGAACGGUUCUAACUUGUAUACUUUGAGCACAACACGGUAGAUAAAGAUACUAGAUACUGUCCGCCAUGGCUGACAAGGGCCGUCAGGUGGGCCGUAAUAUAACGGUUUAUAUUUUCCAAAAUAAAUCACAGUACGCUUCUUAAAUUCACUAAUCAGUGUUUCUAGCACGGAGAGCGACGUAGUGUGGUAUUUCGAGCGGCGUAGUGAGUGGUGAUGUGGCGUGGUGUAUGGUAGCGCUAAACAUUUUCACAGCUCCGGUGUGGCGGCUGCUCUACAACAACUCUCCUUCUAGUGGUUGAGCACGCAUGCGCUCUGCGUCUCCUCUGCCGUCCCCGCAACACGCCUACACUUUUCUGGCCGCAAUUUUGUUUUGGUGAAGCACAAUUCCUUGGCCGAGUACACCGUUUCUUAGUUGUCGUGGCUGCCGGUGUUGAAUCUCAAGACGGAUAUGUAUGCAGAAAGGAGAGAAAUGUGGCGUCUUUCAGGGCGAAUAAAGACAAUCGAAUGGUUGUGUUGUGUUGCAAGAACCGCCCGAGGUGGUGGGUGGCAGUGUGGUGGUGGCGGGACUUGUUCCCCCGUUACCCGUCAUGGCGAUGUGUGUUGCUGCGCCACUCCAUAGAAUGCUUAUAUGAAAUGCCUCUCACUUGCUCUGUUGCCCUAACAUUCACUGGCCUUGUCUGUAGCUCAUUUUUCAUGUUUCCUCUCGGCAAAUGUUUUGGUUCUAGUUGCAUGACGGCUUCGGUUGGCCUUCAGGAAGAAAUGUUACGCAAUUUUUAAUUGCGGUCACUUAAUCAUUUCAUAUAAUAAAAUUCAGUGGUAUCCUUUGUCGGAAAAACUCUAGUUUUGUUUGUUUUUAUAGAAAGACUAAUUAGAAAUCCUGUCGUAGGUGAAUGUUGCAAGAAGUGCUGGCCCCCGUCACCUGGGCAGGCAUACUUUCGGUCCCCAAACCAAACCCCCUGAGUUAACCUGUGGAAUUUUUCCUUGGCGAUAUGUUCUAUUCCUUGUCGAAUAAUCCCCCAGUUUCAAUGGUGGUUGGAUCAGAGAAUGGUCACAGAUAUGGCAGCCUGCUUGGAUCUUAUCAGUAAGUUGGAGAAGAUACCAAUCACAAGGGAGGUGUUGGAGUCCACCCGAUUAGGGAAAUACAUCAAUGACAUCAGACGCAAAACUAGCCAUCAGGAACUUUAUCGAAGAGCAAAGGAUCUUGUUCGGAAGUGGAGAAAAGAUGUGCUUGCAGAUGGUGUUAAUGGGGCAGCUGGGUCAGGACCUGGACCUGGUGGGACAGGUGGACGGGGGGCUGGCAAUGGACAUCCCCCAACUUCGCCAUCAUCCCUACCGUCCAGUGGCAACACUAGUCCAGGAAUGUCUGCCCCUACCACUCCCUCCACCCUGGCGCAACGUACUCGCACUGCCUCACCUACCCUGACCACCGCCCACCCGUCCCGCCCUCUUAAGCCUGUCUCUCCUGCCUUAAGGGGUCGUGUUCUUAGUCCUGGUCUAUCUCCUGCUGCAUCAUCAGGUACUACUCCUCCUAUAUCAACUCCUACACGCUCACGGUCCCAACCACGCUCUCCAGCUAUUAAUCCCAGUGCAAGGCAAGCAUCCCGAGCUGAUGCUUCAUCUUAUGCUCCAAGCAUUGAAAAUGUAUCCAAAAAUAACGCUGCCAAUAAGAGGCUGAGAAAAGAUGAAGAUGAAACUAGUAGUGAUAUUCCACAUUCAAAGCGGCCUAAAAACAAUGUAACUAAUGGUUUUGAUGACGAUAGUAGAGACAGUUUUUCCAGUGUUUUAAGUAAUGACUGUGCUUCUAAAGUAACUAGUGGGGGCAGUGAAGGUAAUAGAAAUAGAAGAAUAACUAAUGCACAUAGUGUUUCCAAGAAAAAAGUUGCUGAUUCACCCGUUACAAACACAUCAGAUCCACUCAGACAGAAAAUGGCUGCGUUGCAUGCUAAGGCCUCAAAAGUGAAGACUACUUCUCAAAUUGUUGCUGAACUAGCUGUGAGAAAAGGUGAUAGUAAGUUAGCAGAAAGAGCCUCAAAGUUAGGAGAGCAACAGAUAAGAGAAAUCCCUAGUCCAGGAACAACUUUAGGUAGAACAUCUGACCAUGCUGUUGUCACAAGGAAUAAGAUGGAUCACAUGCAGCGUUUUCUUAGUUCACAACCAGACCCUAAUAUCGAUCCUUCAGAUGAAUUCCCUGCAUCAGAAGAGGAUGGAAGCUCAAUCUCUACUGAAACUGAAGGUCAAGACACAGCCAGUAGGCCAAUAACUCCAGCACAAGGUUCUGGCAACCUCCCUCCACCAGUAGUCACAUUAUCUAGUAACCUGGAUCUCCUCGGCAUCACGGAGGAUGAAAGUGCCGAGGAGAUUCUCGCUCGCCUUCCUCCAAUUGACGUUAACAGUAUUGUAUGGGAUGACUCUGAUGAGCAAGAGGAGCAGGAGGGAGAAGUGCAGGCUUAUGUGCCAGAGGAAACAACCUUUGAAGAGGAAGUAGAAAAAUUAGUGAGACAAUCGAAAAAAGUGCCAGAAGAAGAAAUUAAAACCUUACACUCAACGAAUUUGGAAUGUCAAAAUGGUAACUUUGACAUGGAUGGUAAAUUCCGAGAGUGGCAUGAAGUAAUUAACAAAAAAGGCUACCAAGAUGACCCUUUAAUAGUGCUGCCUUAUGUGAUAACGGAUUUUUGAAACACACAAUACAGUGAAAUAUGGUGGUCUAAAGUGUUACAAAGAGGCCAUCUGUUUAAAAACUUGGUUGUCGCACUUAAAGUUUAUCUUACUACAGUCACCUUAAAGUCCAAUGUUGGUCUGGUAAUUUAUGUGUGCUCUAUCCUUUUGUUAUAAUUGGAUGAUGUACCACAGACAAGUUGUGUACCAUUCUGCAUUACUAUCAGGAUUUAUAGUUGUUGACACUGAUAACCUUUGCUUCUGUUGCUUAUGUUAGCUAUUUUGUUUUUGGAGACAACCUCAAAAAUAUACAAGACUUAGAUUUAAGUAUAUACAGUGCCUACUAUUUGGCUAAGUUUUUAGCUGCAGCAGAAGUGUAAUCCGAAUAACGCAACAAAUCAGUACACAUAAAAAGAAAUAUAGGGAAGAAGAAUGUACAUAUAAAUGCGCUCUUGUAACUAAAAGCUUAGUCCAAUGAAACUAUCAAUAUAUUAUGAAGUCAUUGUGGUUGCCUUGAGUAACGUUUCCAUAUCCUAACUGAGAGUAGUAUACAUAAAAACAUUUUAUGACAGUGAAGUUUAAUAGCUGGGAUGUAUGAACCUGAAUAAGACAUUGGGCAGAAUGGCCAAAUUUGGUAUGAUAUUAUCCAAAAUAGACAAGUGCGGGGAAGGAUCAAGUCAUGUGAAUCCUCAUGUGAGCUUUGACAUGGGAGGUUGGCAUAUAAAAGCAGUGGUAGUUAAACAUGCGAGUGAUUUUGGUUGCCUUAGAGGCAUAUAACAACUGGGAGGAUAAAGGAUGUCAGGCCCUGCUUCCAAGUACCCAUUGCUAAUUAGCUAAGUGACGUGUUGCAAGAGAUCUCUCCUCCAUUUUUAUUGUCCCCAUUUUAUACACUGUGAUAUAUCCUACAUUAAUUUUAUGUUAAUUUUAAGUCUUUGUAUAGCAAACUGGUCAUUUAUAUGGACUUAAAUGUAUACAGAAGGUUAAUUCAGUUUUCUUAUUAACCAAAUUUUUUUUGAGAGAUGGGGCUAAUGGAUUCUGGUCAGAUAUUUUUCAUGUCUCUUGCUCUCUCAUUUAGCUAAUUACGUAAGCUAGAAUUGAGGUUUCACACCCGCCCCACAAUUGAGCAUUAUGAUUAUAUGCUUUAAUUCUUUUGACAACUGGGCCAGCCUUUUGCCCCCUUUAUUUGCUUGUAUUGUCAAGUAAAGGUUGAUUUAUAAUUAUGCAGAUUCAAUCUCUUUUGCAAAAUGAUUCUACAUGAAAUGCUUGUUGUUGGUCAGAAAAAAAAUUCAUAUGCAAGCACUGUAGACUUUUUUAACUUUAACUUGUGUGAAUGAUUGUCUAGAAAGGCCUAAUACUGUAAUAGUUUCACAUCAUCUGGCUGGUUGUCGUUUGUCUGUGAUGGAAGUACUUGUCUUAAUGGAGAGUUUGUUAUACAGGAGUCAAGAGGUCAAUGAUGCUCACAUAUAUUAUCUUCACAUGCCAAAGAUUCAAUUUACAUGAUCUGUACAUGAACCUUUUGUUUACAAGGAUCUUCCCGUGACUCAGAAAGUUGCAUUCCUCUACUGUGAAGUAAGAGAGCAUUUCUUUGUUUGAAUGGUAUUUUUAUUUUUAUUGUUUGCUGGAUAAACUGCUGCCUUAGCACAUUUUUUUAAAGAUAAAUUAAAUGACCACAGGGAUGCUACCAAGAAGAUUGAGAUUCAAAACCAUAAAUUUAUCCUAUGUCUUGGGAAAUUUGUACUAGACCAGAUAUUGAUGUAAUCCAGCUUUUAUCUAAUAGAUUAAUUAUGCAAAAAGUCUUAUGAAAUUUCGUACAGGGUCAUUUAUGUGUUCUUUGUUACAUUAAGAAGGUGGAGUCAAGUCAGAGAUUUUGUUAGCGAGUCUCUCAAGCUGUGCCGCUGAGUAUUUAGCAAUGUUGACAUUCUUUAGAAAGCGCCUUCCCUUUGCAGCUUCUGGGAGUCGUUCAGCCAUUAAUGAAGAAGUGAGGAGAUUCGCAAUCCUGUAUGUGGCAUAUUCAGAGUAUUCCUAGUUUUCUGCUGUGUGAUCUGACACAUUAACUUUGUAGGUAGUAAUGUGUGUAUAUAUUUAUAUAUACUGUAUAUUGUAUAUAUAUAUAUCUGGCAACCAUUUCACUAGAUACAAAAUAUGGCCUGGACUAUGCAACUUCAUAAUGUAAAUCUGACCUCCCUUUCUCCCAUCUCUAAUAGGAGGAGUUGUGCUUUUCAUAUCGUGUUCAGUUUGAGCAAGGAACAGUUGAAAAUUAUUUGAAAGUGCUGUAUUAGUAGCACUAAGCAUAAAUGCUUUGGAUUUCAAUAUUUUGUGAAGAAACUGUUUCAACAGUUUAAAGUUUAUACAUAUAUCUUUGGUCAUUUGUGAUACAGUUAAACUUAGGCAUGUUAUGGCAUUCAAAAUGAAAUUUUCCUUGCAUAGCUACAGCUUUAUUUUAAAAGUUUUCUUCUUUGAUUGAGGAAUGUGUUGAAAGUGCCAACAGUUUAGCUGUGCUAAAUGGAAGAGUGUAUUUUAUCAAAAAAAAAAAAAAAAAGGAAUGAGGAAGUCAUUUUCUUGUUUAUUCGGAAAAAGCUGUGUUUUGAAUAAUGAAUCUUGGUUAAUUUAAAUGGGAGUGAUUUAUGAAGUGCCAUUUUUCAGUGGAAAACUGCAAAAUCCAGCUGUGGUUGGAGACUGAUCAGUUUGUAUGAUAGGAAACUAAUGAUAAGCAAAUCUCUCCAUCUACAAUAUUCCCUGUGGAAACUACAGUUUUCUUCAGUUCAUUCACAGUAGUAAAAUCUUGAGGGAAAUGUAAAAGAAAAGUCAAAACUUUGUCGUCAUGGGUAUUAGCUUUUGUAUUUAAGAAUAAGUGAAAGUUAAGACAGGGAAUUAGGUGUCUUUCCCCAUUUGUUGACUUUAGUAUUUAUUGACAAAAAACUUCAUCAUCUCGGCUGAAAUAUGUUCACAUUUCAGCCAUUUGACCAGUCUUCAUUUCAGAAACAUCAUCCCUUGCGUUAUAUUUUGUGAUUUUUUAUGAAUAUUCUUUAUAAAGAAAUAGAAUAAGCAUUUAAAAAGCUUUCCUGAAUAUUAGUUUAUUGUUGCAUAGAAUUGCCUAUUUUGUUUUGGGUAACCACUGGCAUGCCAGUGAAGUGAAUAGAAAAUGCAAUUGUCCAUUGCCUCACAGUUGAAAUACUAAGAUGUUAUCAAUGUUUUGUAAUUUAUAGUUUUGUUGAAAGGAUAAUAUGGAUUCAUUCCUAUAAGAAUAAAAAAAGAAGUCCAAUAAAUUGAUAACAAA